UCGCCAAAGAAAGCCUUGCCGUAGGACGGCGUCGACGUGGACGCCUGCGUGGUCAGCCCGGUGAUGGCGGAAUCGCACCACCCGCCUGCAUCGGCGCUGCUGCUGCGAGGCCAGAGCGCCUGCUCCUGGAUGCUCGCCGACUCGCUGGCCAAACUGCCGACGCUGCUGCCGUUGCUGCUGCUGAGAACACUGCCGCUACUGCCAUUGGCCAGCAGGCUCCUGCCAUACUGCAGCGGCGCACGUGGCCUGGAGGCGCCGUCGGGGGCCUGGCCGGAAUCCUCGCUGCGCAGCGUCGACAGAACCUGCGAGUAAAUGCGCUUGCUGGCCGACGACCGCGCCUUUUCGGCGGCGCUGCUGGCAAUGCCGGCGUACACCUCGUUGGCAGCGACGCGCCGGACUCGCGGACUUCGAUGUGGGGCGGCGCCGGAUGCUGGUCGGCAAACCGGACUGCGCUGGCAACUUCCAGUCCCGCGGCCGCGUCGAUAUUGCUCAUUGUGUGCCGGCGCUGCUGCUGCUGCUGCCGGCCGCGCGCCAGCUUGCCCAGAACGCCCGCAAAGAACCCACUGCGCACGCAUUUUUCUGUGCCUGCGCCUGCCUGCGCUCGGAGCCGAAUCCCCUGCCUGCGCCCAGCGCCCGUGUGGCCUGCAAAGAUGCCGAGUACGGGCAGCACAUUCAACGCUGGCUCUGGCUCCGCGCGGCUUGGCGGACGUUCUUUGGGGGCUCCUUAUCUGCUGGCAACGCGUACCUAAAGUCCCUGCUGUAGUUGACUUCAGCCGGCCGCUUGCCAAACAGCAGGUCGCCGCGCUUGUGCCAGGGCACGUGCAGAUCGUCGGGUGCCCAGUUGCUGUCGGUCGACUCAAACAGCUGGUUGUUGCCAAAGUGGGAGAACGACUGACUGCGCUGCAGCGUGCCGUGCUUGCAGUCAACACGGGAAUCGAAAGCGUCUCGGACUCGGGCCUCAUCUCAGGCUCGGGGCCCCGGACUUCCUUUCUGGCCCAGGAUCGGGCAGCGGCGGCAGUGCCUUGUUCAGAUACGUGGGCGUCGGCGCCGUCCUCCUUUUGGAUCUGGCUGCCUUUGCAGGCUUGCUCCGCACUUCGGAUGGUGGCGGCGGCGGGGCCAACGACCGGCUGUCAUCCGCGCGCGGACUGGCAAUCGACAUGCCUUCGUUCCCGCCACAAAACACGCCAAAGACGUUGCUCGGCGGCGGCCUUCGUCCUUCUUGAGCUGGAUGCGGUCCGCAAAUGCCUCGCUCUGUCUUUGUCUCUGACGCCCAUCCGCUUGCGCCUGGGCAGAACAGCCGCCAGGACGCCAGCACCGCAGCCGCCCACCUCGGCCGACCCCGCACUGCCCAGCGAGCGCAGAUCGUGCCUCGCCAGAUUAUUCGGCUGCGGCUGCGGCGGCAUCUGCUUCUCCGGGGUGGCUGCUCUAUGGCCAGGCUCUGCUCUGCUGCCGCUUGUAAAUGUACAAUGCGGCGUCCAGGGCCGCCUGGUCGUUGUCCAGCACCUGCCGCGCCACCUCGGCGUCCUUUUUCCGCCGCGCGCUGGUCUGUCUGGCUGCGCGCACAUCGCCGACGUACUGCUUGACGGUGCAAUGAUUGCGAGUGUACCGCGUUGGCACGGCCUCCCCCGGCUCUCGCCGCCACCGGCACCGCCAUCACCAUCACCAUCACCAUCAGCAAUGGCCAAGUGCGGCUCGAAUGAACCCCUUCAAAGCUGGCUGCACGAGCGCCGCUCUGCUGCUCAAACCGCUGCUGGUCCAGGUACUCCUGUUCAGUUAUGAAAAUGUCGUUUAGCUCGCCGCUAUUGUGGAACCGGACGAAUGUCCCGUAUGACGACUCGGCGCUGAUAUCCUUGCAUAGCCGCGUUGACACCCGGAUGUUGGUAAAGAGUGCUGACUCGAGCUUCUCCUUGACUAGCUGGGAAACUGUUCCGUCGUGGCCCUGGUUGGUCAUCUGCACACCUGGCUCGCCGUUCUCCAUCUGGGAGAUGCUCAGUGCAGGCGUGACGUAGGCGCUCUCGCCACUG